GUAAUGAAGCCUCCAUUGUUUUUAUUACUUUUUUUAUUUUCAACAUUUUUUGUUGAUUCAAUUCCAAGCGAUGAGGAUGAAAUGGAUUCACAUUAUCGUGCCCACACUCAUCGUUUCAAUUUAAAUCGUGAACCAUCUCAUGCAUACCCACCUCAACAACAUCAUCAUGAAUUUGGUUCAAAUCAGGCAGAAUCAUCUGCUUCCCUUAGACGUUCUAGAAAUAAUCGUCACAACCGUUCUCAAAAUAGAACAAACGAGUCGGCAUAUAAUUAUAAUAGGAGAAGAAUGCUCGCAUUUAAUAGAAGAAUGGCUUAUGAUCGAGAGUAUAUUCAAAAUUUGCAUUUAAAUUACAACCGUAAUUUAUCUUUAUAUUCACCUCAACAGCAACAAAUCAACUCAGGUAGCACAAUUAUUAUGAGUACUUAUAAUUUUCUUAAAAAUAUCAAAAUCUUUAUUUAUUCUAAAAUAAAAAUAAACAAGGAGUAUGCAACAGUGACAAAUUUUAAAAGUGAAAGGUCGAUUUUACAAAAAUUUUUCCGCACGACGCAAAAGAUGCAGUAA